AUGGCUGGGCGCCGGCGACGAACGUCGGAUUCGACGACUGGCACCGUCGAACCUGACAGAAGGGCUUACUCGAAAGAAUUGAGUAUUCUCAAGAGAUUCGAUCCCAUGGAAGGAGAUAUGCUACAAACCUUUGUUCUCGAGGAUGCUAUGGUCUGCGAUAAGAAGGGUAAUCCAGUUGAGCUCUUCACCGUCAACACCCAGGGCCCAUUCACUGUACGAGGUCGCGUCAUCAUCGAUGGUCCGCAGACGGCAAGAGCCGUGAGACCUUCUACGAAAUCAGCCUUGAUCGAAACCCAUGAAUGCACUCGCUACGCUAUUGGCGUUAGCAACAAUGGCUACGGCGCAUGGGCUGGGGGCGCGGCAGGAUGGUACGAAAUUCGACCGCCAUCAGUCGCCUACAAGGCAAUAUUCGACCACACGAUCGAAGGAGUUUCGGUCUACUAUUCGAUUCUAGACAUCAUCGAGGAGCACGCAGCAGCCAAGACCAACGAGAAGGGCUCCAAGAAGAAGAAGGGCAAGAAGGGCAAGGAGACAGACGUGACGACGAACGCUUCCGCAGCAAUGACCAUUGAGACAUUGUUAUUCAAGUAUGCAGUAGCCAUGGGCGAUGGUGCUACCCUCGACGAGGUGGAACAGCGCUGCGACGAUCAUGCAUCUUUCCUCAUAUCCCAUUUCUAUGAAGAGCCAGAAUUCGACUGGGUGCCUACGCUAUUUUUCAAAUGGAUGACGGAACGACACCCAGACAUUCAUAAGAAAGUCCUUGAAAUAAGGGCGAAAAAAUUAGCGGGAGUCAAGCCUAGUCUACUGAUACCAGAGGAGACUGAAGCUGUGGUGACGCCAACUCUCUCCGACGAGCCGCCCGCGCAGAAGGCGUUGUCGAAACGAAAGCAAAGGGGCACAUCUGGUGGCGAUAGCCAAACCGAUUCGCACGACUUUGCUCUCUCUGCACGCGACAUGAGAUCCAGAUCAAGGGGCAAGACCAAAACGCAGUCGCCUCCCGUCCCUGAACCUCUGGCGGAAGCCAUGGCAGUGGACGAGACUCCAGAGGUUCCACACCAGACGGAACUUGUUAAAACGGCCCAUGAUCGAUCCAACGUGGACGCCCUCCUGGAAGCCAUCGAUGACAUCAAACUCGAAGUCGAGCCGUUGAGCAAAGCAGCGUUCUCCAAAGUGUCAUCAAAAUUAUACUAUAAGUACAAGGUCAAAGCCUACCUGGGAGCAGCGGACAUUCUCAAGUACUAUGCAAAAGAGCUGGUUGAACGCCUGGAUCAGGAUGAGUGGAGAGGAUCUGGUUUUUGGAAGACCCUCGAGGAAUCUGCUCAAGCCCCUCGUAUCUCUCUUUCCCACGUUGAGCUUGAGCAAAUCCCUGACUGUCUAAUUCGACGAAAGGCGAAGGAGGUAUCAAUCCCACGGAACCAUCGGCCAUCACUUCCUCAAGAGGCUCAAAGGAGCACAGACGUCGCGACUCCUCCUCCAAGACGUGUUGGUCGACCAGCCGGAAAGAUGUCAGGCCUUCGACUCGCGGGCACCGGUGGUAAGCGACGUUUUGACUCCGGGGACGAUACUCCGGAAAGCAUCUCCCGGCAGAUUGCAAAGAGAUUCCAUGCUGGUGAUGAUUCUGACGAGGAUGAAGUCAUGAAUGAUGGCAGCAGCUCCGAAGAUGAUGGUUCUAGUGUGGACUCUGCAGAAUCGCCUACCGCCCUGAAGGUCGUUGUGCGAGCAGAGAACAUUCCCACAACAAUACCCAAAGGACCUAAUGGCACUUGGGUCUGUGAAGAAGACGAUUGCGGGUUUGUCGAGCGAAAUCCAGAAUUGGAAGAUGGCCGUUUGAGAAUCAACGAACACUUGCAAGAUGCACAUUAUCACGAAGACGAGAACCAGGUUCAACGCAUCAACUUGGCAGUGACGGAGAGUGACAAGAACCACCUCCCCAUAGAGUAUGCCUCCCCACCCUCAUCUCCAGAAUUUAGAUAUACUUGUGUUUCAGACGAGCCACCAGAGAUUUCUCCUUUUUGGGACGCAAAUCCGAGUGGAUCUGUUUCGGACGGAGACGGAAAACGGUCCUCGCUGCAGGCCGAAUUUCAUGUGGACAAAGCAGACAAGAAGGACAUUUUGUCAAGCACUCUGAUUGGAAUAUUUUGA